AUGAAAGUUAUUUCAUCAAAAUGCUUCAUUUUAGUGAUUUUAGCCACUUCAAGCUUGUUAACAUCAAAUGUCUUUUGUUCAGAUGAAUUAAUGAUGUCCAAUCUUGCCAGCAAAGAAAAUUAUGACAAAUAUUCUGAGCCUGAAGGAGACCUUAAGUGGGAAAAGGAAAGAAGUGUGAAUUUUGAAGAACUAAAAAACUGGGGUCCAAAAACUGUCAUUAAGAUGAGUGCACCUGCAGUCAACAAAAUGCCACACUCGGCAGCCACCUUGCCGUUAAGAUUUGGGAGGACCGUGGAAGAAGAAAGAAGCACUGGGGUGAUGGCCAAUCUGCCUCUGAGAUUUGGAAGAAAUAUAAAGGAAAGCAUCUCAAGACAUGUUCCUAACCUGCCCCAGAGGUUUGGGAGAACAACAGCCAAAAGAGUCGCCAAGCCACUGAGUGAUUUGCUUCAACAAUCCAUGCAUUCGCCAUCUGCCAGUGAGCUACUCCAUGAACUGCCAGCCUCAAGAAAUCCAGAAUUCUGA